AUGUUUUUAAAAAAAUUAACAAAAUGCGAGCGCGAGACGCUAAGGGCACAACGGCUCGAAACGCAACUGAUAACAGCACGCGCAAGAGCAGAUAAAAGCUUCACUUAUGUCGUAAAUCCACCAGAAAUUCCACGCGUAGCCUUCGGCUCCGGCAUGGAGCGUAUUACCCUACCGAUUUCAGGGUCUGGUCUAUCACCAUUUAUGCGUAAAAUACAAGGCGAAGUGCGCGAUUUUCCUGGCCCAUUUGAAUAUUACAACACCAAGGGACUGGAUAAAAAAUAUCCUUCAACUCUCGGCUUUUCUUCUUUUGCAAGCAGACUACCACGCCUACCGCCCACUGAAGUAUCGCGAAGCCCGUUCGCAUACAACGUUGUGCCAAAGAAGAAACUCAAACAAGUGGCGUGUCCAUUCAAUGUGGGUACCAAGAGAGAUGAUCUAAAGAAACUGCUAACACCAAGCCCAGCCGAUUACGCAUCUAUCAAACCCAAACCCAGCAUGAAGAUAUGCUCUGCUUUCGGUUCUAAACGCAUCAUUUGGCCUGCAGUUGCGAUUAUUUGCACGCCAAUGAACACAGCAAAAUGUUCGAAGUGCAAUAAGACACCCAUUGGCGAUUAUUAUCAUCAAUUUCAAUUGAAUUUGGAUAUGUGUCGACGUUGCAUGAAUAAGCAGUUGAAUAUGCUGAAGCGAUGUUCGACGAAUGCUACAAUGCGCAAAUACAAGCUUAAGGAAUUGAAGGAAUUCAAACCUGCUCGUUAUUGUGGUUUCUAUCACGAUCACCGGACCAAAGAUAAGGCGUUGCCGCUCAUCUCUAGAGCAGAAUUGCGUAAGAAAAUCGAGCUGGAAAACUAUUUAUAUGGAUACCAGCCGGUGUGGGGUAAACGUUGUCUUUAUACAAAAAA